AUGAAUACUACUGUUAUGAAUAAUAAUAAUAAUAAUUUAAGUACAGGUGGAAUAAUUGGAAUAAUCAUUGGUUUGGUUAUUAUUACUACAAUAACUAGUGUUAUUAUAUUUUGGUGUAUUCGACUACGUCAUUUAUAUUUAAGUCAACGUCAUACUAAAAUGUAUGAUCCAGAUAUGUUUCAAAAUAGUCAAAUAAAAAAUAAUGGAUCAUUACAUUAUUCUAGUACAUCACAUCAACCAAUGAAUUCAUUACAAAAUUCAUUAGCAACUAUUAAUCAUUUACAAAAAUAUUCAUUACCUAUAGGACAAAUGAUUAGCCCUUAUUAUAAACAACAACAAUUUUUUCAUUCCAAUUUAAAUCAUUCUAAAGAAUAUCAUAAUUCGACUAUAGAGAAUUCAUUAAAACAAUUACCUGAUCAUCAAAUGAAUUCUGAUAUGAAUUUAUAUCUUGGAGAACGAUCAAGUUAUACGAAUAAUUCAUAUUCUUCACAAUCUCCUAAUUGGACUGAUCAGCAUUACUUUAAUACAAAUCAGUUCAAUGGUUCAACAUUAUUCGAUGCAACAUCUCCCAAUUUUCAAUCCUAUAAUAAACCUACAACCGAUAUAAUGUUAACAGAGACGUCAACAACAUUACCAACAAUAAAUGAACCAACUUGUUAUCCAGUUUAUGUUCAUCCAUUACAGUCUACCCUGAAUAAAUAUAGAUCUUCAUCUAGUGAAAAUCUAUCAUCACGACAUCAUAAUUCAAGAAUUAAAUCAAUUGCAUUCAUUACUCAUUUAAGUGCAUUUGGUUUAAAGAAUAAACGACGUUUUUCACAAUUAACAACAAAGAAAUUAAGUAAACUAAAAGAAAAUACUACUAGUCCUAAUGAUAAUUAUAAUAAUAAAUCUGGUCAAUUAAAUCCUUUACCAAUUACAGAAGCUUAUGAAUCAGGAAGUUAUCAUAAUCAAAACAUGAUAUCUGAUAAUUUUAAUUUUAAUGCAAUGGAAUCAUUUGAUAAUGAUUACUUUUUAUAUAGUUUACAAACAGCUGUAUUCAAUGGUUUCGUUCCAUCGAAUCCAUUAAAUCAACAAUAUACCUAUCAUGAUUAUUACAGAAUGCCAGGUCAUCAGAUAAUACCAACUACAACCGCAAUAACACCGAUACUUCAUGAAAAGUUCAAUCAAUCAUCAUUUGGUGAAGAUUUAAGUUUAGGCAACAAUCAAUCAACAACACCAUCAACUGGAUAUUAUUCAUCGAACAGAAAUUCUAGAGUAUUUUCACCUGAUUACAAUAAUAAUAAUAACAGUAAUCGUUUUAAAUUUCCCCCACCCGGUCCACCAGUUGCUGGUUGGGUUAACCAAUUUAUUAUCAGAACAAAUACGCUUGAAAAUUCAUUAUCUAAUGUGAAUACAAUAACAUCAUCAACGUCUCCAUUAACAAGCAUAAUAUCGUUGAAUGAAAGGCGAGCACAUCAGUUACAGCAGCAGCAGCAGCAGCAACAACAACAACAGAAAAACACUUCUUUCCCUUCAUCAUUACAUAAUACACCAUUAAAUCAUUCACCAAUCACAGCGAUUGAUAUUAUUGGUUUAUCAAGUCCGAUUACUAUACCAAGUAGAUCCAUUUCAUCUGUACCACCAUCUCCACAACACAUUCCAUUUGAUUUUAUUCAUUCUUCUCGUUCAUUGGGUUUAACUUCAUCAAGUGUAAUUCCAAGAAGAAAUAAUUCAAUUACAAAAUAUCCUAAACAUGAAUUACCAAUAAUAGGAAAAAGAACAAUCCCUAUUGAAACUGAUAAGUUGCCUGUAUUCACUAAACUUGAUUUUCCAGAAUUCCCAAAUGAUUCACUUACCGUAUUAAAAAAUAAUUUCAUAAAACCUGAAAAUAAUAUCUUAUUGCAUAAUUUAAAAGAUAAUAAUAAUAAUACUACUAAUAAACAGAAUAAUAAUAAUAAUAAUAUGUCACAACAACAAUAUCUAAGUCCAUCAAAUUGUUCUGAUCCACAACAUAGUGAUAGUGGUUAUAAUGAUUCAUUAAUUAUUCCUGAUCAAAAAUUAUCAUCAUUAUUAUUAUUAUCUUCAUCAUCUACAUCAUCUUCUAUAGUUCAUUCAUCAAUUGAUUUUCAAUCACCAACAAAUUUAUCACCAUUAUUUCAAUAUGAUACUAUACAUAAUUCAACUGAAUGUAUUUCAAUUACAUCACCUAUAACAACUACAUCAACAAUGAAUUCAAUCUUUUCUGAUACAGUUGAAAUGAUCCAUAAUUAUUCAGUUGUUGAUAAUCAUAUUAACAAUACUGUCAAUAAUAAUAAUAAUAAUGAUAAUAAUAAUAAUAAAAGUAAUCAGUAUGUUUAUUGUAAAUUAGAACUUCCUUUAUCUGUUACACAAUCUAUACCUGUAUCAUUGUCUUCAGUCACAGCGAUAAUAUCAUCACCAUCAUCAAAAAGAUCAUCAACUAGUUCACGUAGUACUGAACCAAGUUCUGCAAAUAGUACUACUGUUAUAUUACGUGAAAAUCUAGAUGUAAAUCGAAAAUUAUCUUAUCCAACUAUGAAUAAUUUCAAUAAUACUAAUCGUAAUCAAACUAUAUUCCGUUCUCCAAGUGAUCCGGAUAUAUUUUUUUCAUUUUGUGAUGAAUCAAUAAAUAAUAAAUCAACAUUAACACAACAACAACAACAACAACAACAAUUUCCUUCAAUUCAACAACAACAACAACAUCAUCAUCCAACUAGUGUACCAUUAUCACGUACAAAUUAUACAUCGAAUAAUAUGAUGAAAUUAAUGAUGAUGAGUACAUUAUCUGAUUCAUUUAAAUAUCAUCAUCUUAUAAGACAAAAAUCUGAAAGUCAAUUACUUACAGAUCGUCAUGAUUCAUUUGAUGAAAUUUCAUGGGAUUUACAACCAACUCCAUUAUAUUAA